UUAAUAACUUUGCAUUUUGCUAUAGGUACAUUACAUUCACAUCACAGAGUACAUUUUUAUAUACCAAAAAUUACAUUGUACAUCUCUCUCUAAGCUCAGAUUUUUAUCAGAAUAAAAACACUAAACACUUUAAAAAUAUUCAAGAUGUCCCAUAACAAUAUCAAAAUCUUACCAGGAGCCACUGUUUGCGAAGACUGCACACUAGAAGGGGACAUUACUAUUGGUGGUGGUACAGUCAUCCACCCAAGAGUGACUAUUAUUGCAGAAGGUGGCCCUAUCAUCAUUGCUGAAUAUUGUAUUAUUGAAGAAUAUUCCACUAUCAUUCAUAAGAAAAGUGAUAAACAAGAGAAUCCACCUAAGCCUUUAUUUAUUGGAGCUCAUAAUGUAUUUGAGGUUGGCUGUCAACUAGAGUCCCCGUGUGGACACAUUGGAGAGAGCAAUGUGUUUGAGUGUCGGUCUUUUGUUGGAGUAGACAUCAAAAUUGGAAGUGGUUGUGUUAUUGGAGCUGCCUGCCAUCUAACAGCUCCUCAAACACUAGCUGACAACACAGUAAUCUGGGGUACAGACCACCAUGUUAGAGAAGCUCUAGAAAAGCAACCUUCACAACUCUUGCAAUUGGACUUCUUGAGCAAAGUGAUGCCCAACUACCACAGAUUAAGGAAACCAAAUGUUCACAAACGCCAACCUUCUAGAACAUCUCAAGAAUCUUCACCAAAGCCUUAAAGCUUAUUAUUGUCUACUCACCAGCCACAAAUUUCCUCAAGGUCCAUUUACACCAAGCAACACACAGGCUGCAAAUUCAAAUUCAAAUCAUUUAUUCAGAAAUUAGACCUUCACAGGCUCUUUUUCUCGUCAAUCUUUAAAUUUAUAGUUAUUUCUCACAAGCUAGAAACUACUGGCAUUUCGGAACGACCACUGCUGAGAAGAAAUGCCGAAAGAAACUCAUUUGAACAGUGUUGGUCCCUAUCAUGCCAGAUCGGCUUACCAUUAUUGUUUCUUACAAUGUUUUUUUUUUUCUUUCUAAUAAUAUAUAAAACUACAUAAUGUACAUAGUCAAAAGGUAUAUCAAAACAGACCAACCAAUGCUUAGCUUGAGCUGGUCAUAUGCUAUGGCCAGCCAUAGAUGGAACUGCCAGAGUUGGGUAUAAAAUAAGCAUUUAAUUGCUUAGUGUAUAAUAACUAUCUUCCGAUAAAUAGCAUUAUGCUUCUAUUCUAUUUAUUUUUACAUAUUAAAUUUAAGAUUUGUAGGAUUAAGUUGAAAUGUAUUAAUAUUUAAAACUAAUUAAAAAAAUUGUGUAACUUUUUUCAUAA